UCAGAGACAAAGCUAUUUUGGUUCCAACCAAUGAAGAGGUAGAUAAGAUCAAUGACUAUGUGUUGAACCUUAUUAAAGAUGAGGAAAUGACUUAUUAUAGUGCGGACAGUCCAUGUGAAACUGAGACGUUGGAUACAUUUACAGAGUCCAUCUACUCCCCUGAUGUCCUAAAUGGGUUUAAAAUAUCAGGUGUUCCCAACCACAAACUAUCAUUGAAAAAAGGUGUUCCUGUAAUGUUACUUCGUAAUAUUGAUCAGGCAAAUGGUUUAUGCAACGGGACACGAUUACAGAUCAUUCAGAUGGCUCCUCAUGUUAUAGAAGCAAAAAUCAUUUCGGGGUCUCAUUUUGGUAAUAUAACGUACAUACCCCGCAUGCGUAUCACUCCAUCUGACCGUCGUAUUCCUUUUAGUUUUCAAAGGCGUCAGUUUCCGUUGGUAGUUUCUUUUGCAAUGACGAUAAAUAAAAGUCAAGGGCAAUCGUUGUCUCAGGUGGGUUUGUUUCUACAGCGACCUGUUUUUACUCAUGGACAACUCUAUGUGGCGGUUUCAAGAGUUACAAGUAAAGCAGGUUUGAAGGUCCUCAUUUGUACCAAAGAUGGAAAUACAUCAAACACAACAACAAAUGUUGUUUAUAGAGAAGUGUUGCAAAAGAUUUAGAUACAGAACAUCAAUAUGGUUAGUC